AUGGCUAAAAGUCGAAUUAGAGAUCUAAAAGUAAAACUGACAAUAGCAAAUACUAUUUUUAUUACCACUAUUGAAUCCUGUUACCAAUUCAGUCCUGCAAUCCUUUGUACAAUGGACAUCAGAUUAGCUUUAAUGUAUGAAUCAAUAAAUCUAAUCCAAGUUAUUGUGUUGUGCUUGGCUCAUUUAAUAAUUAAUGCCAUUAUCUAUAUCUUUGGCAUUAUAUUUAUAAAUAUAAAAAACAAAUUUAAUAUAUUUUCUAAUUAA